UUUAAUGCAGCCUGGUUGGUAAUUUUGAAAACCCACUUUGAGCUUCUUCAUGGGUUUUGCUGUAGCUGAACACUACUGAAGCUCUGUGUGAAGGAAUGUGGAGGAGGAGCUGGGCCUUGUUGUUUUGGAACAGUCUGAAGAUUUGUUGGGUUCCAUUGGCUGUUUGGAUUUCAUAAUUGAAAGUUUACAACUUCAGUAGCUGUUUCUCAUUGUAUUGAAUUCGAAGGAAGCAUUCUGGAAGUGUUGUUGUGCCUACUUGGAUUGGUUAGUUGUGGAGAGUAUCAAGUUUUUUUUUUCACUCUGUUCUAAUUGAUAAGACUAGUAUGAGGCUGGGUGGGAUUUUAGUGCUGUCCAUAUUUUUCGUUUCUGCAAUGGGACAGCUUCCAUCGCAGGACAUAUUGGCGCUGCUCGCAUUCAAGAAGGGUGUCAAACAUGAUCCUACUGGUUUUGUGCUCAGUUCUUGGAAUGAUGAGUCCAUCGACUUCAAUGGUUGUCCUUCUUCUUGGAAUGGGAUUAUAUGUAAUGGUGGAAAUGUUGCUGGAGUUGUGCUUGAUAAUUUGAGUCUCUCUGCGGAUGUAGACUUGAGUGUGUUCGCUAAUCUGACGAAGCUUCUGAAACUUUCCAUGGCCAACAAUACGAUAUCUGGGAAAAUUCCUGACAAUAUUGGAGACUUCACCAGCCUUGAGUUUCUUGACCUGUCGAACAAUUUGUUUUCUUCAUCCUUACCACCUGGAAUUGGUAAAUUGGGGAGCUUAAGGAACCUCUCAUUAGGUGGCAACAACUUAUCGGGCUCCAUUCCAGAUUCCAUUUCAGGGCUUUCCUCAAUCCAGUCGUUGGACUUAAGUCACAACUCCUUCUCAGGGCCGCUGCCAUCUGCAUUGACAAAGCUGUCCAGUCUGGUAUCUCUAAAUCUUUCUUCAAAUGGAUUUACCAAGAGCUUACCCAAGGGGUUUGAUCUACUGUCAAGUCUAGAUGUACUUGACUUGCAUGGAAAUAUGCUUGAUGGUCCUCUGGAUAAGGUGUUUCUGAUGGAAGCAACUGUCACUCACGUUGACUUUAGCGGCAAUAUGCUUACAAGUUCCGGUUCGCAGGAGCAAAUGUUUCUACCUCGUCUUUCUGAGAGUAUCAAGUACUUGAAUCUAUCCCACAACCAGCUUUCUGGGUCUCUAGUAGGUGGCAGUGAGCUUCAGAUAUUUGAGAACUUGAAGGUGUUGGAUCUCAGCUACAACCAGCUGUCAGGAGAAUUGCCUGGAUUUAACUUUGUAUAUGACCUCCAGGUCCUCAAACUUAGCAACAACAGAUUUACUGGAAUUGUUCCUAAUGGCCUUAUAAAAGGAGAUUCUCUUGUUUUAAGUGAAUUAGAUCUGAGUGGCAACAAUCUCUCAGGAUCAAUCAAUAUGGUGACAUCAACACUUCUGCGCAACCUUAAUCUCUCCUCAAAUGGGCUUACUGGUAAGUUGCCAUUGCUUACUGGAGAUUGUGCUGUACUUGAUCUGUCCAAGAACAAAUUUGAAGGAAAUCUAACCAGGAUGGUGAAAUGGGGGAACAUCGAGUACCUUGAUCUGAGUCAAAAUCUUUUGUCAGGACCCAUACCUGAUGUUACUCCACAGUUUCUGCGUUUAAAUUAUCUCAAUCUCUCCCAUAAUUCUCUUAGUAGCUCUAUAGCGAGUGUUAUAACACAGUAUCCCAAGAUUAGUGUCCUUGAUCUCAGUUCUAACCAGCUAGAUGGCACAGUUCUGGCUGAGUUGCUAAGCAUGCCUACCCUGCAAGAGCUCCACCUUGAAAAUAAUUUACUCACUGGGUCAAUUAACAUCUCAUCUCCUUUGUUCAACCAAUCAAAUCUUCAGGUUCUUGAUCUUUCUCAGAACCGGCUUAGUGGCUAUUUUCCUGAUCAAUUUGAGUCACUGAAUGGGCUUAAAGUGCUCAAUAUCGGAAGAAAUAAUUUUUCUGGCUCUCUGCCAACUUCCAUCUCUGACAUGAGCGCAUUAAGCACAUUAGACAUAUCGCAGAAUCAUUUCACAGGUCCUCUUCCAAACAACUUGCCAAACAGUCUUGUAUUUUUUAAUGCUUCAUAUAAUGAUCUCUCUGGGGAUGUCCCAGAAAACCUGAGGAAGUUUCCAAGUUCUUCCUUCUACCCAGGGAAUACACAUCUGCGGUUCCCAGAUGGUGGUCCUCCUGGGUCAAACAGUUCUGAGGCUAAACAUUCAAAGAGGAAACCAUUCAGCACACUUGUCAAAGUGAUCAUUAUAGUUUCCUGUGUGGUUGCUCUCUUCAUUCUUAUUCUGUUGGCUAUAUUCGUUCAUUACAUCCGCAUGUCAAGGAGAGUCCCAUCAGAGCAUACUGCAAGCAAAGAUAUCCAUAAACGUGCUCCACCAAACCCCUCUGGCGCUCGAGGAGUAGAGAGUGCUGGUGCCUUGGUUGUUUCGGCUGGUGAUCUUGUGGCUUCGCGGAAAGGAACAUCAUCUGAAGUUAUCAGCCCUGGUGAAAAGCUCACAGCUGUAAGUGACUUCUCCCCUUCAAAGUUCUCUUGGUCCCCAGAAUCUGGAGAUUCCUAUACUGCAGAAAACCUUGCCAGACUGGAUGUGAGAUCACCAGAUAGAUUGGUGGGAGAGCUUCAUUUUCUUGAUGAAACAAUUGCAUUAACACCUGAGGAGCUGUCAAAGGCUCCUGCUGAAGUUUUAGGGAGAAGCAGCCAUGGCACUUCCUAUAAGGCAACACUUGAAAACGGGCUGUUCUUAACGGUUAAGUGGUUGAGAGAAGGGGUGGCAAAGCAGAAAAAGGAGUUUGCCAAGGAGGCGAAGAAAUUUUCCAAUAUGAGGCAUCCAAAUGUUGUGGGCUUGAGAGGAUACUAUUGGGGACCUACACAGCAUGAGAAGCUUAUUCUUUCAGAUUAUAUCUCACCUGGAAGUCUUGCGAGCUUUCUUUAUGACCGACCAGGAAGAAAAGGUCCUCCAUUGACCUGGGCCCGAAGGCUCAAAAUUGCAGUUGAUGUCGCACGUGGCUUGAACUAUCUCCAUUUUGAUCGUGCUGUUCCACAUGGUAACCUCAAAGCAACAAAUAUUCUGUUGGAUGGGUCUGAUCUGAACGCCCGAGUUGCUGAUUACUGCCUCCACCGCCUCAUGACACAAGCUGGCACCAUUGAACAGAUUCUUGAUGCUGGUGUCUUAGGCUACCGUGCCCCGGAGCUGGCCUCUUCCAAGAAGCCACUGCCCUCCUUCAAGUCUGAUGUUUAUGCCUUUGGAGUGAUUUUGUUGGAACUUUUAACUGGAAGGUGUGCUGGUGAUGUGAUCUCUGGUGAAGGAGGAGGGGCAGAUUUGACAGAUUGGGUGCGGUUGAGGGUCGCAGAAGGUCGUGGCUCAGAUUGUUUUGAUGCUACAUUGGUGACUGAGAUGAGUAAUCCAGCUGCAGAGAAGGGAAUGAAGGAAGUCCUUGGGAUAUCAUUGCGGUGUAUACGUUCUGUUUCUGAGAGGCCAGGUAUUAAGACUAUAUACGAGGAUCUCUCUUCCAUAUAGUGUAGUUUGUCCUAAAGUUAGUUUAUCUGAACAUGUUCCUUUCUCGGGAGGUAUAUAAUAUCUCAUUGGCCUCCAUUUUGUAACUUUCGGGGUUACUAGUUUGAUCGGCUUAUUGAAUCUACCAUUGUACUAAUGGUGCAUGAUUCAAAGGGUGCAAUUCUUUUUUUACUUUGUAUGCCUUCCAUGAUUUUCACUGCCGCAUCUUUGCAAGGGCCUAAUGAAGAAUGUGAUUGUAGAGAGGCCUUGCAAAGUAGCGGAUGGUUUUGCAUUAAAUAGAUUACAAUGU